GAAGCCCAAUGCCGAAGCUGCAGAAGCAGCUACAAAUACACUUACACCGUCUGCCUGAUUCUGUCCUGCAGUCUGCUGUGUUUCUGACACAGCAGUUGCCCCAGUGUCUGGAUCAGUGCACUGCGCAGUUGCAUCCAAAAUUAUCCCAGCCUGUACCUGUGCAGACUGCUGUUUCACAUUCAUCAUACUCCACAACACAGUCUCCUCCAGAAUUGUCCCAGUCUAUAACGCAACCUGCUUCUCCACUUUCACCAGAUCCCAUAACAGACUCUUCACAGAAAUCUCUGCUGUUGCGUUUGCGCCGCUUGCCUCAGUCUGUGGUGCAGUCAGUCUUGCAUUUACACAAAUGUAUGUCAUCACCAUCUCAACAACACCCUCAGUAUGUACUGCACUCAGCUAUGACAGAGGUUUCGUCAAAGUUGUGUUUUCAGGGACCUCCGGAGUCUCAGGUGCAGCACUCGGGUGUUUUGACUGAGACAAACAGAGCUAACAAAGAUAAAACUGUGCAAGUGCCCCCUCAGACUGUCGAUCCAGACACAGAGUUACAGGAGGGCAAACAAGCGGAGCAGGAGGACAAAUGUGUGGAUCAGCCUAAAGAAGACACGAAGGAGGACACUUCUGUAAAAGAGACAGUGCUGAAAAACUGUCCGACAACUGACCCACACUAUGUCCUUCGUUCCCAGAAUCCUGCAGAGUGUGCGUCAGUGAACGCCCUGACGGGGUUAACUAACGGAUUUCCCCAAAAGGGCCUGUUGCAGAACAAGUACAAGAUCCGUGUGGACUUCAAGGAGGACUGUGCUGUCCAGAAUGUAUGGCUAAUGGGUGGCCUCAGCGUCCUCACAUCUGUCCCUACCACACCACAACCUGUCUGUCUGCUCUGUGCCAGUAAAGGACGACAUGAGAUGAUAUUCUGCCAGAUCUGCUGUGAGCCCUUUCACAGUUUCUGCCUCUCACCAGAGGAGCGCCCCCAGCAGGAGAACAAGGAGAACUGGUGCUGCAGGCGCUGCAAAUUCUGUCACGUGUGUGGACGAAGAAGCAAGAGCACGAAGCCUGUGUUGCAGUGCAGGAGAUGCCAAACCUCCUACCAUCCUUCCUGCUUGGGACCAACAUACCCUAAACCUAUGAACUGCAGCAUGCCCUGGGUGUGCAUGACCUGCAUUCGGUGUAAAAGUUGUGGUGUGACUCCUGGAAAAAGUUGGGACUUAGCUUGGAACCAUGAGCAGGAUCUCUGUCCUGACUGCACUUCUCUCCACAACAAAGGUAAUUUCUGCACUGUCUGCCACAAGUGCUAUGGUGACAGCAGCCAACACGCACAGAUGAUUCAGUGUUCACAGUGCAGCCACUGGAUUCAUUACAAAUGUGAAGGACUUUCAGAGGAGCUGUUUGGGUUGCUGUCCAGCCAACCGCAAGAAGUGGUUUUCACCUGUUCACCCUGCAGCCAGCACCAAACUAAACACAGUAGCUUGAAGGAGGAGCUGCAGAGCAGGCUGAUAGCUGGGCUGGAGGAGGUGCUCACUGACCUCCUUUCUGAUGGCACCACGAAGCACCUCCUUAUCUGUAAAGCGUGUCAGGAAACAAACGAGGGAACAGCUCAGUUCAGGGAACAGCGACCAGUCUGCGAUCUGCAAGUCAUGGAGAAGAAGUUCAAAGGAGGCGGCUACACUUCAAUAAAAGCUUUCCAUGCCGAUGUCAUCUCUGUGAUGUGGAAGUGGCUGAAGGGGGAGGAGUUUCUCCCUGAGGAUCAGAGACCGACCAGUCAGGCCAGGGCACAUUAUGUCAAAUUGGUGGAACGAGUUUUCACUUGGUUUCCUGCACGCAUUCUAAAAAAGUGGAACUCGUUCUCUGAAGAAUUCCCGAGUGGCAUGCUCCCUGAGGCAGUCCUCCCGCCAUCUAAGGAGCACAGCUAUGCACAGUGGCUGGAGAGGACAUACCAGCCUAAGGACUCUAGGGGCCCACAAGCAGGGAAAACGGACUCUGUGCUAUCUCCACUCACUACUCAACAGUCUGGUGCAUCGCGCAGCUUCCCUCUGCAUUCACAUGGUGUGAAAGGUGACCAGGAAACCAAGAGUGAAGAUAUGAGGCAGUGUGCACUGUGCCAACAAUAUGGAGACUCUGUUCCCAGUGAUGCGGGACGGCUGUUGUACUUGGGACAGAACGAAUGGGCCCACGUUAACUGCUGCCUUUGGUCUGCAGAGGUGUACGAGGAGAACAGUGCUCUUCUGCAAGUGCACAGCGCCGUCUCAAGAGGGCGCCACUUGCGUUGUGAUCGCUGUGGACAGUCAGGAGCCACUGUGGGCUGCUGUCUUGCCACCUGCCAGAGUAAUUUCCAUUUCAUGUGUGCUCGCGCCCAGAACUGUGUGUUUCAGCAAGACAGGAAGGUGUACUGCUACAAACACAGGGAUCUUGUCAGUGCGAAGAUGGUGUCCGGAAAGGGGUUUGAAGUCCCUCGACGGGUGUAUGUGGACUUUGAGGGGAUCAAUCUCAGGAGAAAGUUCCUCACAGGCCUUGAACCAGAAUCUAUAAACAUGACUAUAGGCUCUCUGCAGAUUCAGAAACUUGGUGUGUUGUCAGAGCUGUCAUCUAACGGGAGGAUGCUAUAUCCUGUCGGUUAUCAAUGUUCUCGGUUGUACUGGAGCACGGUGGACCCCCGCAGGCGCUGCAAGUACACCUGUAAGGUUACAGAAGUGAGCACACCUCUCCCUGGUGAGGAACAAGAUCCUAGAUGGGACCAAGAAGAGAAUCAUACCAUAGUCCACAGUCCCAAACAUCACAGAGAUAUGGAGUCCCCAGAUCGUUUAAGCUCCUCAUCCAGCCCAGUAAAAUCUACUACCCCAUCACCCAACUCUAAACAGCACAGCACACCUGGAUCCAAAAGUCCUGGUUACACACAGACCAGGAGACCAGCGGGAGGAUCAUCUCGACCUCUCCCAUCUCCAGGAUCCGCUCCCCCAAAAUCACAUCACAUCCUGACAUUGAGAGACCUGGAGGACACUCGUCGGCCUCGCAGGCUCUCAUCAAGAAGCCGCUGCAGUUCCUCGCCAACAGACAGCGACCCAUCUGCACCGAUGACCCUCCGCUCCGGUGGCACCGUCCACACCAGAUGUGCCCUCUUCAGCUCCCCACCGAGAUCAUCAAGCUUUGGACCGGCCUCACCUCCCCUGUCAAGGCAAAACUCGACAUCUCCGGUCUGGAGCUCCCCACCUAGGUCCAACUCCAGCAUUUCUGCUGGGCUGUCUCCUCGGCAAGGAGCCAUCACUCACUCCCCCAGAGGGAGGCAGAACUUUAAAAUCACAACUCCAGUCUCCAAGGAAGUUGCCCACCUGAUGUCCCAGGAGCUGCCUUACACUGUGUUUGACACCGACACAGAGGUAGCAGUGGCUUCCAUGCUGAACGCGAAGCUCGAAUUCGACGAGAACCUGCUCACUGAGAAUGUGUGCAGGACGUGGAAAUGCAGGAACAUAAUCAGGAGAAUGACUCUGAAGAUGAAGACUCGAGCCGAUACUUUAGGUUUUCACGCACUGUGGUGUGUGAUGCAGCCAGUGGCUCAGACGGCUCUGGUCAGCUUCCCGUCAUCACAGUCGAUCUCACAGUUGGAUGGGGCGGACAGUGGGUCAGAGAGUGACGAAAGCGAAGUGGGAAACGACGAAGCUCAGGACUCUAAAACUCACACCAAUCAUAAUACACCUACUAAACAGCUGACAGUUGCUCUGAAGAGGCUGGAGUCAAUCUACACUGUAUCAAAGUCAACAGAGCCAGAGUUUCUAGAACAUUCUCCACCGUCUGCUCUUCUUGAAUCAGGUUAUGCACAAGACGACUUAUCAGUUCAGGAAGAACAGGUCCAGAUGAGCUCUGAAACAGCUGCGUCUCAUGAUGAUAUGUUUUUGGAUUCAGCUACAGGCCAUUUCAUUUCUGCUGAAGGUGGCUCUGUGGUGUACCCAAAUACUAACCAAGAUGAUGACAAAGAAGACAGCACCUCAUCAGCUGACUCAGUUGAAGGAUUUAAAGAUGAUUUAAAUGACCCCGACUACUCGCCAGAGCCUAAAACCAAAAAAUCUCCCACCACACCAACAAAAACCAUCAUUUUGAAGACAAAACGUCCCACACCAAACCUCAAACGCUUGUCGCCAAAACCGUGUUCUCAGCAGCAGGACAAGCUCAAACUGCUGUUGCCCCCUCUGUCUACACAAAGUGUAAAUAAUGUGUCUGUUUCCCCUCCUGGUGCUGCCACUUUUUGUGCCGUCCCACGCACAGUCACAUCCCCCAUUGUGAUCAAUGGCUUAAACACUUUACCUAUUCAGUCUGGUGCCAAACAGGGCAGAACCAUCGCCAUCCGCUUAGACAGCUCCAGGCCAGGAAGUCAGCAGCAGUCGAUGACUACGAAUCAGGGUGCGGCCGCUAACUCGCCCCCAGCCAUGGCUCCAGCCCAACCCCCGGCUCUAGCUCCGGCUCCUGCCCCUCAAGUCCUACUGGUCAACCGUCAAGGUCAGAUUCUCAUCAAAGACCCGAGAUCAAACACUUACCAGUCGCUCAAUACAAAUUCUCCUGCUUACAAUAAAAUAAGCCAGAUAGCAAAGAUUCUCCACAGUGGUAACGCUUUGCAGCGCUCUGUCCCGCGUGUCAUAAUAAAGCCUCGCUCUAACCCUUCCGCCACAAACGCCCCUUCAGCUGGGAAUCGCACAACAACAUCGGAGAGAAAAUUCAUUGUCAGAGUGGUGAAAAGCAACAGCGCUCCUACUCCCACAGCCCCUGUUACUGUGCAGAGUGCUCCUGAGCCCGCUUUCUCCAGCAUCGAAGAAAGCACGGCUCAGGCUAUUAUCGACAGAGCUAUGGCCACCCACCGCGACACGCAAAGGACAAAACCAAUCAUCCUCAGCAACGCUCGACAGCCGAAGGCCACGCACCGAAAGUCAACAAAGGCUCAGGACGCUGAGGACUCAGAUCAGUCGCCAGUCCCGCUUUCAGAGUCGCCCAGCGGUUCAGUCAGUGAGCCAGAUUUGAACUCACAACCGCCACCUGCCUCAUCUCGCCACCAGGUGAGAGUUAAGAGAGUGUCGUCAGUGUCUGAAAGGCCCUCCAGGAAGAAAUCAAAGAUGGACUUCUUGAUGGAUCCAUCAAGUGAGCUGGAUGAUGUAAACGAAGCCAGCAGAUCGAGUGGUGUGAGAAUAAAAGCUCCAACAAUGAAGGACAUUCUUGAUCUAGACCAGGAAAAUAUGACUGAAGAGCCUGAACUGUUGAGAAUUACUGCUCCACCACCGCCCACACCCUCCAGGCGUUCUCAGGUCGAGAGUCCACCUACACCUACACAAACCAACAGUCACAUUCAGAGUAAAACACACAUGUGGGUCAGCGCUCGUCACGGAGACCUCUCUGAGUGGGGCCCUUAUUCAGGUUUCAGCUCAGAAGAAGAAGCACCUGCACCUAAACACAGAAAGAGGACAUACAUGAACCAGCCCCACCUGCGCUUUGAAAUCACCAGUGACGAUGGCUUCAGUGUUAAAGCCAACAGCAUAGAGGUUGCCUGGCGCGCAGUGAUUGACGGUGUCCUUGAAGCUCGGGCGGGCUUCCACCUCAAGCAGCUGCCUCUGGGCGGGAUGAGCGGGCCACGGGUGCUCGGCGUCGUCCACGAUGCCGUCAUCUUCCUGCUGGAGCAGCUGCAGGGGGCCGCGAACUGCAAACACCACCGCUUCCGCUUCCACCGCUGCGAUGACAUCGAGGAAGAGCUGCCCCUCAACCCGAGUGGCUGCGCCCGAGCUGAAAUCUAUACACGGAAAGCAACAUUUGAUAUGUUCAACUUCCUGGCGUCGCAGCACAGAGAGCCCCCUGACAUAAUAGGCCCCUUUGAUGAAGAGGAGGAUGAAUUCCCACUGAAAUCUUCCAGACGAGCCACCAGCAGUGAGCUUCCCAUGGCGAUGAGAUUCAGGCACCUGGAGAAAAUCUCCAAAGAAGCAGUAGGAGUUUACAGAUCUCCAAUUCACGGGCGUGGACUUUUCUGUAAGAGGAACAUCGACGCUGGGGAGAUGGUGAUAGAGUAUGCUGGCACCGUCAUUCGCUCUGUCCUCACUGAUAAGCGGGAGAAAUACUAUGACAGCAAGGGCAUCGGCUGCUACAUGUUCCGCAUCGACGACUUUGACGUGGUAGACGCGACCAUGCAAGGAAACGCGGCCCGUUUCAUCAACCACUCGUGCGAGCCCAACUGCUACUCCCGCGUCAUCAAUGUGGACGGCCGCAAGCACAUAGUCAUCUUCGCCCUGAGGAAGAUCUACCGGGGCGAAGAGCUCACCUACGACUACAAGUUCCCCAUCGAGGACGAGGACAACAAGCUGCACUGCAACUGCGGGGCGAGGCGCUGUCGUCGCUUCCUGAAUUAGUACAGCAUCACACACACGCACACAAACACACCAAGAGCCAUCUUGUUUAAUGCACUUGAACUCUGAAGGUGGACUUUGACUGACUGAUGAAGGCGACUGUCGUGACGUAGCCAUAAGAGUGGGGUGUCUGAUGCACACACAGACUUGAUCUACAGAGUCUUCACCUCAUUAGAAGCUUAAUUUAUAGACUGGGCGAGUUCAUUUUCUGUCCUCUGAACUGCUGUUAACAGUCCACUAGAAACCAGAUUAGAGCCAUAUGUCAAAGCUUGGGAUGAAGACUAUUUAUAUGAUUUCAGACUGCUGGUCUUUUUUUUUCCUUUUCUUUUCCUCUCUCUCUCUCUCUCUUCUUUCUUUCUUUCUUUCUUUCUUUCUUUCUCUCUUUUUGAUUCAUGUACUGUUUGACCAUCUCAUCCACCACACUCUCUCAUUUUCACAUCGUUGAAAAUUUCUCGUCAAUAGCCUCUGCUGGAACUGGGGCUAGACAACAGCCGGGAGGCGAUUACCACCAGCCACAAAUGGUGCAAACUCAAAUAACCUGAUUGCAGUCAUUACUGUGUAAAGAGGGAUACGUUAUUACUAUGCUGGUGACAAGAGUGUCUUUGUAAAUACCAGGUCUCGGAGAUGGACGGGGAGAAUUUAUUUCAAUUCAGCACCUUACUUUGGCAGCACUGGUGUCACAGCAGAUGGGACAUUUUUUUUUUAUUUCAGAACAAAAUAAAACACAGUUGACUCAAAGCACCUAAUGUACAUUGUAGUGCAGCUACAUUUUAACGUCGCUCUGGAUACCACAGGGACUCUUAAGGUGCUGGUGACGUUUACCCUAAAAGGUAGUUUUAAUAUAGUCACCCAAACCUUUUUCCCCCAUUCUCAUUCAGUCGAAAAUGUCUUGUUUUUAUUUGUAACAGCAGAGAUGCUGUGAUCUAAACGCUUUUAUCCCACUAUAACAGUCUGUUCUUUAUUUGUUAAUUUGUGCUGUUUGUGUAUUUUAAGGUCUAUGAGGGAGUUUCCAUGCUGCAGGGUUCAAAAUCAAUAUAGUGAUCUUGCUCUGCUCCUUCCCUUAUAAAUCUUUUUGUAUUUUUGUAUAUUUGAACAAUAAAUGUAUAUUCAACACUGAUGGAAAUAACUGUGUUUGACCUUUUAACUCUCUGUAAGUGAAGGCUGACUAAUAGAACUGAAGCUAUUGCCGAGUAACGAUCCUCAGUUAAAUCUUUUUUUCUGUUUUUGUGGCUGUUAUGCACCCUCUUCCUGUUUUUGUCUCUCACAGGUGUACUACCUCAAAGGUGUUAUGAAGCAAGUUUUUAUUUAAUUACACAACACAUUUGGCAUAAAACCUACUUCCUCAUUGUUCAGUUUUUCUAAUCAUUAAUAUGGAAAAAAAGCCCAAAACCCAUCAACUCUAUUAAACACUGACUACUAUUAUGCCUGCAAUUAUUUUGUUAGAAUAGGUGGCCAUGUUCUCUUUUCCUCCAGUGUGCAACCACACCCAGCUCAUGGAUGUAGAUAGGAUCCUAGACUUGAGGCUGAAGGCUGAGUGCUGCGGAUGUAUGUUUUUUUUUUUUUUUUUUUUUUCAGGAUUAAUAAUUGAAUUUGAAACGCAAAGCUUUGUUACUUUAUCGACUCACAGUGGAUCUUUGCCUGUAUAUAGUUGUAUAAAGAAUUUCUAAAUCUGUUAAAUAUUUUUUUAUCCACAUUUUUUCUUUUAUUUAUGUUCAAUAAAGAUUUUGAAAUGUUCAGAA